UUCAAGCAGUCAUUUAGGUGAUAAAGACGCUGGGACAUGCGGCUGUGAUUUGUGCUCAGUGCGCUCUGUGGUGAUUCAGUAAUGAGGAGUAGUACAGCACAUGACGGAUGACUUUAUUUAACUGGGAAUGCUUUCUCUUUUUUUUUGUCUAAACGAUAAUAGCAGAAGAAAAAAAAUAUCUCUUCCUGAGAAAGGACCACAGAAGGCAUGGCUAACUGGUUUCUGUCUGAAUGGAAACUCUGGUUACUGGUUUCAUUAGUGAUGGACUCUUUUACUGAUGCCCAUAUCCUUAAUCCCACAAGAUGGCCUCUGUACAAGCAUAAGCCUUUGCUGCUAGCCUGGAACGCCCCCACUGAGGACUGCCGGCCACGCCACAAUGUUCAUUUUCAGCUGGACCUGUUCCAGAUUGUGGCUUCACCCAAUGAGGGUUUCACCAAACAGAACCUGACCAUUUUCUACAAGGAUCGUCUCGGCCUGUACCCGUAUUUUAAUACUGACAACAGUCCGGUGAAUGGUGGCCUUCCUCAAAUUGCCAGUCUGACCCAGCACCUUGAAAAAAUGCCCCAAGGCAUAGAAAAAUAUAUUCAUAACCAAGAAGCACAAGGACUUGCUGUCAUUGACUGGGAGGAGUGGCGGCCCCUUUGGAUUCGCAACUGGGAUACCAAGAACAUUUACAGAAACCAGUCACGGCUGUUCGUGUCCAAAAAGAACCCCACUUGGGACCCCAUCCGCGUGAACAAAGUGGCCCAACAGGAAUUCGAGAUGUCAGGCCGCACAUUUAUGCUCAAGUCCCUGCAGUUGGCCAAAAGUCUGCGUCCAAACCAGCUUUGGGGAUUCUACCUGUUCCCUGACUGCUACAACCAUGAUUACCUCAAAAGCCUGGAAAGCUACACGGGACGCUGUCCAGACCCAGAAAUGGCAAGGAAUGACCAGCUGAGGUGGCUGUGGACGGAGAGUACUGCCCUUUUUCCAUCCGUCUACAUAGGAUCAGUGCUGCGUUCAACGACUUUUGCGCGUCAGUUUGUUCGGAAUAGAGUGAAAGAGGCCAUGAGAGUCGCAUCUCUGGGCUCUGAUCUGGCACGUCCAGUGUUUGUGUAUGUUCGUCCCAUGUAUGUCAAUGCCCUGGAGCUUCUUACUGAGACUGACCUGAUCUCCACCAUUGGAGAAAGUGUGGCACUUGGUGCUGCAGGCAUUAUACUCUGGGGAGAUGCCAGUUAUGCGAGCAGCAGUGGCAUUUGCAGCAGGCUGGCUGAGUAUGUUCAGGGGCCACUGGGUCAUUACCUUCUCAAUGUUUCCAGUGCGGCUGAACAGUGUAGUCACUUACUGUGUGGUGAUGUUGGUCGCUGUUUGCGUCGGCACCCCGACUCGGAUUCGUACUUGCACCUAGACCCUCAGAACCACAGAAUUGUGGUUCGGAGGGAACGCCUGGUUGUUGAUGGCCACAUGGGGCCUGAGGAGAUAAAACGCAUGAAGAAGGAUUUUAUCUGCCAGUGUUUUAGCGGCUAUCAAGGGCAUAACUGUGAGGAGCGGGAUCCUGCAUAUGACACAGGACACGGGCACAAACUGCAUGUAUCGUGGAGUCUUCUCUUUUUGCUGCUCAUGUUACUGGACUGAGACUUAAGGAGUAGUGGACAUUUAUAGACUGCUGUGGACAUUUUUACAUUUCUUACACAAAGAAAGCAUUUGCUUCUGUGUCAUUUUGUAGAAUGCAACCUUGUUAUACAGUUUCUAAUGCCUCUUUCGUGUUGUUAUAAAGGUUUUUAUGAUAAUUUAAUUUUUAUAUAAAUAUUCCAGGGAUUUCAGUAAAAUAUGUAAGAAAUCUGAUAGUUGGCUAACAAAUGCUGCAUUAUUCGAAAAUCAGUCUAAAGCCCUAUGGCCGAUUGUAUGGUAUGAAAGUUGUUAUGUGUGUAGAAAGUUAUGUUUGUCUCUAGUGAUUACACAGCACUGAUAUGAAAGCAUAUAAACACAGGAAAAAUAUUUCAAACAAGCACUUUUUUUAUCGUCACAGAUAAUAGAUUCACAAAUGACAUCAGAGACAAGCUGAGUCUGAGAAUCAUUAUUAUCAUACUGAUAAAUGUGUUACAUAUGUAAGAGAUCAUUGAAAUGUAUUUUUAUUUAAAUUAUUUUUUUUAUAAUAUGUUGCUAUGAGAUGAUGGCACUAUGACUUAACGACUACUACUAAGACUUUUUAUUUGCCAUCACUUAGAUCCGAUUUAGACAACUUUUUAAGGUUUACAUUCUCUCGUUCUUUUAAUAAAUACCCAAUGUGCUGCACUUGGUGCACUUAGAUGAUCCAGUUUACUUUUUUCUACUGUGUCUCUAAAAUUAUGACUUAGAUGUUGGAUAAACUAUAUGUGUGUGCAUGGCAAAGAAGUGGUGAGGGAAAAGAGACCAUUUGAUUACAUAUUAUGUUGUGUUACAUAUAAUACCAUUUUAUAAACAACUUUUUGAUGUAUGCUAAAUAGACACUCAAGAAGUGCCAUGAACUCCAUAAAUAUUUACAACAAGGCAACAACAUAUUUAUUAUAAUCUAGAUGGAAGUAAGGUUUUUGACUUAACGUGGGGUUACAGUGCUAUAAAGUGAAUCAUAAAAAAAGCACAUACUGCAUCUAUAACACUUGCUUUCGCAAAGGGGCCACUGUCUGCAUUUUGCCAGCCCACAAUUACAGGCUUUCACAUGCCAAGCAGUUCUAUUUGUGUCCUCUAGUUCAUUGGGGGGUUUCCAAUCUAGAGAUUUUAGCGAGAUGCCACAGAAAAA